GUUGGCUGGCUUAGGGCUUUUGCUAACUUACCAAAUUGGGGCUGGUAGAUCAGGUGAGGAAUACCUCAGGCAGCAGUCGUGAGUGUUUAGCAUCCCAACUGUCCACGAACAUACCACAUCAAUAUUACACACCGGUUAUAUCCAUGCUCUGGACAAGAUGGUGAUUAUACAAUGCCCUUUUAUGGGUCUAUGCCUCCACCCACAUGUUCAACACCACUCGCGCAAACAAUGCGCGAUGCCUCGCUUUGGCAACAUCGCUGUACGUUCGUAACGGCUCGCUAAAUCUGGCUCCAUCCUUAUGGUCCUAUCGUUUUUCUAUGACAGCUUUUGUACAAACAACAGCUGUUUUUGCUGUGUUUUCUUGUCAUAUCCUGCUCUUAGACCCCUUUAAUCACCACGCAAAGAAAUGUAUCACAAACACCUGCCCCGUCUUUCUCAAAAGCAGUGGCAUUCGUCUCCGUGGCAAUAUCAUCAGUUUAUCACGGUGCACAUCGGUCUUGACAACACUACCCCCAGGGAUGAUUAGGCAGAUCAUACCGUCAGCUGGUUUUUCUGGUUAUGCCGCCGGCGUCAAACCAGCUGUGCCUCACCUCAGCCAUUCUCCCGGCAAACAGGAUCCAAAACGGUUCCAUAAACAGAAUCUGUGAAAUCUAUACAGUUGGCGCAAUCCACACGGCCCUGAAAAUGGUAUUCUCUGUGACAGUACUUAGGCCCAAACAAUCCAUCCACUUUCUGAUAUGAUGGCUCAAUAUAAUCCAGACCCGAGAGCAUGUCGGAUAUUUUGUUCCAGAGUCUUCGAGCUAAUGAUGCCCCCAACUUCACUAGGAGGGAAUGGAUUAGAUCGUUUGGUUUUCGCAACAUUUCCUUCGCUUUGCUCCUUCUGAACUGAUCGGAAAUCGUCUUCUCAGACCAGACCGAACAACUCUUUGCUAAUAAUGCCAUUCCCAAGAAGAAUUUCCGUGUUACCCUUCCCCGUAAAUGGGACUCCUCCAUAAACAGCGACUAAAAGCGCUAGCUUGGUAUUUUAUAGCUCAUUGCGCAAGCAGCGGUACUUUACCCAUGCUUGGUGGAUGAGCAAGAACGACAUCCCGGUUGCCUAUUAGUAAAGCUGGGGGUCAUCAUUACUUUUU